AUGCAGACAUGGAAAAUUGGUGACGGCAAUAAAUCCAACCCGGCAUUGAAAAGCCGAUUCUCCAAGGAGGCUCCUGAUUGGACUGGAGGCAGGACAAAAGCUUUGAAUCUUGGGUUUUCGGAUUCCAUCGCAAGCGCGCAGGCGAGCGUCGACGCUAUCCAUCCAUACAGACGCCCAUCCCACCCCUGCGCUGUCACAAAAUACACGCCAAACGCCACAACCCGUCACCCACCACUACCCACGCUCGCAAACGCGCCGAAACCUCGCGAAGGCACUCAUCGUCCACGUCACAUAUCCACAAUGUCUUAUUUCCGGAUAACACUCAUGCGCUCCGGCAUUGGCAUGCCUGAGAAGACGCAAGGUGUACUCAAAGCGCUCGGCCUCCGCAAACGCAUGACGACCGUCUACCACCCCGUAACACAGUCCGUCGCUGGUCAAAUCAUGAGGAUAAAGGAAUUGGUUGAUGUCAAAGAAGUCAAGAACCCGAUGACUAAGGAGCAAAUGCGCGCCGCGAGGAGACCGGAUCCCGGAUACUACAUCGAGCAGAGGGCAGGCGAGGCUAUGAAGGGUUACGAAUAG